AUGCCGCCACAGUCGAGGAGAAUGAUGGAAGGGGGCGUAGAGGUAUCUCAGCAGGGGGUCGGCGUCGUCGUCGGUGAUGACCUCGUGCACGAAGGACGGGUGCAGCUCCGUCCAGCUAGCCUCCAUGGGGCGGAACUUGUCGCCGAACUUACCGGAUGCGGGGGUGUAUUUCCAGGUCUGCCAGAUGUAGGCGGGGAAUUUGGCGUGGACGUCAUAGGGGAAUUGGUAGCGGAGGCGUUCGCGGAGGGGCUUGCAGGCAAGUUCCUCGGGGGACAGCGAGGCUGCUGCGGAUGUGGGAGGGAGCGAUUCGUUGUGGGCAGAGGGCGGCGACUCGGAGGACGCAGCAACGGACUUCAGUGCAGCCUUACGAAUGGGAAGUGGGCGUGGGUGGCAAAGACGGAAGCAGGAGUGGGAGCGGGAGGAGAGGAGGAAGUAGAAGCUGGCGAGGAGAAGGAGAGUCGCCGCGACGGAACGGCGGAAGGUAAUCAUGGUGGCAGCUGGAGUAGGCCGGGGGCGGAGCGGAGAGGAGCGGGCAUGGCAGUCGAGCGGGAGGAGCGUGUUUUGGGGGGGGGGAGGGAGGUCGACGGCGGGGUAAUAUGGGUAAUAUGGGUAAUAUGGGUAUUAUGGGUAUUAUGGGUAAUACUGGGUAACACUGUGGAUGCCAAACACAGGCUGAGGGAGAACCGUGGAAGGCCCCACGUGAACCUGGAACGGGGACGAAGCUUAAGCAGCAGCAGCAGCAGCAGCAGCAACAGCAACAGCAACAGCAACAAAAACGCCCUCCCAAGCCCGGUAGAUCACGGACGCAUGGCGGUGGGAUGA